GGAUUAGAUAACCCAAAGGCUAAAAACCUAAAAUAGACCCAUCAUGAUAUUUCCGUAAUUUCAGCAACAUUUAAUCCCCAAAUUGAAACCUCAUAUUUGUAAACCUAUAACGACUUUCUUCCCUAACAUCAAAAUCUCCCACGGAAAACACUCUCUCCCACUAGGCACAGACUUGAGAGCAGAGUUGAUCUCCCGAAAUCAACGCAGGCGAAUCCAUCGUUCUUCGCCAUUAGAGCUCAUAGCUGGAGUUCCUAAAACCAGAAAGGUACAACUAAACCCUAGAAGAAAUAAUUAUUAUUAUUUUUAUUUAUCUUUCCCAGUGGAUAUGCUCGUCACAUAGCCUUUAGUGAAAGAGCUUCGGUGUUAGCGUGUGUUUUGGUAUUUCAAUCUUGGUCUCUAUGGUUCUUGCUUUUAAUGGGGAAAGGAAGACCUAGGGCUGUUGAACAGGGGGUUUUAGGGCACAGUUCUACUACUUCUUCUUCACCUGGAGCAUUGAAUAUCCCACAAGCUCCUGUUUUUUAUCCAACGGAAGAGGAAUUUAAGGAACCUCUAGAGUUUAUAUACAAUAUCAGACCACAAGCAGAGCCUUAUGGGAUCUGUAGAAUCGUACCACCCAAGAAUUGGAAACCUCCAUUUGCUCUUGACUUACAAUCAUUUACCUUUCCCACGAAGACACAAGCGAUUCAUCAGUUGCAGGUGCGUUCUGCUGGUUGUGAUCCUGAUACAUUUGAAUUGGAGUACAACCGAUUUUUGGAAGAUCACUGUGGAAGGAGGUUGAAGAAGAGGGCUGUUUUUGAAGGGGAGGAAUUGGAUUUGUGUAAGCUUUUUAAUGCCGUUAAACGUUACGGAGGUUACGAUAAGGUUGUCAAGGAGAAGAAAUGGGGAGAGGUUUUUAGGUUUGUGAAUUUGGUUGAGAAGAUUUCAGAAUGCUCAAAGCAUGUUUUGUGUCAAUUGUAUCGAGAGCAUUUAUAUGAUUAUGAGAUUUAUCAUAGUCGGUUGAGUCGUGAGAAACCUGUGAAAAAAUGUAAGAAAGGAAUGCAAGGCGAUAGGAAGAGUGCACAGGGGUCGGAUGUUUCCAGUUCCAAAAGGAGGCGAAAGAAUUCUGAUGGAGAGAGUGUUAAAGUUGGUAAACCAGAGGAGGAAGAUGACUUUGAUCAGAUAUGCGAACAAUGUAGGAGUGGGUUUCAUGGAGAAGUUAUGCUUUUGUGUGAUAGGUGUAAUAAGGGCUGGCAUAUCUAUUGUCUUUCGCCGCCAUUAAAACGGGUACCACUGGGAAACUGGUAUUGCUUAGAUUGUAUAAACUCGGAUAAGGAUAGCUUCGGUUUUGUACCUGGCAAAUGUUUCUCACUCGAAGCUUUUGGGCGUUUGGCUGAUCGAUCCAAAAGGAAAUGGUUUGGGUCAGCUUGUGCUUCCCGCUUACAAAUUGAAAAAAAAUUUUGGGAGAUUGUGGAGGGGACAGUGGGUGAAGUUGAAGUUAUGUAUGGUAGUGACUUGGAUACAUCUAGGUAUGGAAGUGGUUUUCCUCGCAUCAAUGAUCCAAGGCCUCCAUCCAUUGCUGCUGAGGUAUGGGAUGAAUAUACUGCUAGCCCGUGGAACCUCAAUAACUUGCCCAAAUUGCAAGGUUCAAUGCUUCGUGCAGUUCACCAUAAUAUUGCUGGUGUUAUGGUGCCCUGGUUGUAUGUUGGGAUGCUAUUUUCGUCCUUCUGUUGGCAUUUUGAAGAUCAUUGCUUUUAUUCAAUGAAUUAUCUGCACUGGGGAGAGCCAAAAUGCUGGUACAGUGUCCCUGGUACCGAAGCUGAUGCCUUUGAGCAGGUAAUGAAGAACAGUCUCCCAGAUCUAUUUGAUGCACAGCCAGAUUUGCUCUUCCAGCUUGUCACCAUGCUGAACCCCUCCGUUUUGCAAGAAAAUGGUGUUCCUGUCUACAGUGUACUACAGGAGCCUGGGAACUUUGUCAUCACUUUUCCCAGAUCUUUCCAUGGAGGUUUCAAUUUUGGCUUAAACUGUGCUGAGGCAGUCAAUUUUGCCCCUGCUGAUUGGCUGCCUCAUGGUGGGCUUGGAGCUGAACUGUAUCGGUCGUAUCACAAAGCUGCUGUUUUAUCUCAUGAGGAGCUACUUUGUGUGGUGGUCAAGAGUGGUUAUGAUAGCAAGGUAUCACCUUAUUUAAAGAAAGAAUUGUUAAGAAUUUUCACCAAAGAGAAAACUUGGAGAGAGCGACUCUGGAGAUGUGGCAUUGUCGGUUCAUCUCCUAUGUCUCCAAGGAAACAUCCUGAAUAUGUGGGUACUGAAGAGGAUCCUACAUGCAUAAUAUGCCAGCAGUACUUGUAUCUUUCGACAGUAGUUUGCAGCUGCAGACCAUCUACUUUUGUGUGUCUGGAGCACUGGGAGCAUCUCUGUGAAUGCAGUCCCAGCAAACAUUGUCUUCUUUAUCGCCACACACUUGCUGACUUGAAUGAAAUGGUGCAUAUGGUGGAUGAAUGUAACCUUGAGCAUACACCCCGAAGUAGAAUUCCCAGGAGACAGUUUACAAGUUUGAAAGAGUCAUCUGCUAUGACCAAAAAACAGGUGAAAGGUGGACUUGCCAGUCAGGCCCAACUUGCUGAAGAAUGGAUUUUGAGUUCAUGCAAGAUAUUGCAAACUCCAUUCUCAAGGGCUGCUUAUAUUAAUGCACUAAAGGAAGCUGAGCAAUUUCUUUGGGGUGGUCUGGAAAUGGAUCCGGUUAGGGACAUGGCAAUCAAUUUAGUUAAAGCUCAGAAGUGGGCUGAAAAAGUAAAAGAUUGCCUAUCUAAAAUUAAGACCUGGUCAGGUGAUAGCAAUAAUAAUGUAAAGGUGUCGUUGGGAGAUGUGGAGACUUUGUUGAAGGUUAACCCUGUGCCUUGUAAUGAGCCCGAUCAUCUUAAGUUAAAGGCCUAUGCAGAAAAUGCGAUGAUUUUAGUUGGAGAAAUGGAACAAGCUCUUUCAACAUUUUCACAUGUCUCUCUCGCUGAACUGGAAAUGUUAUACUCCAGGGCAAGUGUGUUGCCAGUUUAUCUAGAAGAAAGUGUUAAGUUGGCAGAUGAGAUUGCUUCAGUAAAGGUUUGGAGGGAGAGUGUACAAAAAUGUGUCUCAGAGAAAAGACCCGCUGCUACUGAAGUAGAUGCUCUUUACAAGUUAAAGUCAGAGAUGUUGGAGCUUCAUGUUCAUCUUCCUGAAAGAGAGUUACUGUUAGAUCUUUUAGGACAUGUUGAAGCAUGGCAAACUCGAUGCAGUGAGAUAUUGAAAGGGCCGAUAAGUUUGAAGGAAAUUGAAGUUUUUCUCCUAGAAUCAGAUGGUUUCUCAAUCAGUAUUCCGGAAUUGAAGCUUCUGAGGCAGUAUCAUUGUGAUGCUGUUUCCUGGAUUUCCCGUUUUCAUGAUGUCCUAGUAAACAUCCAGGAAAGGGAGGAUCAAAGAAAUGUUAUUGAGGAGUUAACUUGCAUCUUGAAGGCUGGGAAGUCAUUGAAAGUGCAAGUUGAUGUUUUGCCUCUUGUUGAGGUAGAAUUAAAGAAGGCAUGUUGCAGGGAAAAAGCUUUGCAGGCAUUCAGUACUCGGAUGUCUUUGGACUUCUUUCGGCAAGUAAUGGAAGAGGCUUCACUAUUAAAAAUUGAGAAUGAGAAGUUAUUUAUUGAUAUUUCUGGAGUACUAGCUGCUGGAAUUUCUUGGGAAGAAAGAGCUAAGCAUAUUCUCGAAACUGUGGGUCAAAUGACUGAGUUUGAAGAAGUUCUAAGGAUGUCGGAGAACAUUUUUGUUAUUCUACCUUUUCUGCAUGAUGUCGAGGAUGCAAUGGCAAUGGCUAAAUCCUGGAUGAUGAGAUCUCAACCAUUCCUUUUGUCUACUCAUCUUACUGGGCAUGCUUCAAGUUGUUUUAUGAAAGUUGAUAUCCUGAAGGAAUUAGUUGCUGAGUCAAAACUUCUGAGGGUAUCUUUAAAAGAACCGGAAAUGCUCCAGAGGAUUUUGGAGCAUUGUGAAGCAUGGGAGCAUGACGUGCAUUCUCUCCUUGAUUGUGUGGAGUCUGUGUUUAACAUGCAGGCUAUUGACAUUGAAAUAAUGAAUGGGCUUACUGAAAGAAUUGAAGGCCUGGUUGCUAAUAUUAAGAGAGCCACAACAGCUGGGUUAUCCUUUGGUAUUGACUUUGAUGAAAUCCCAAAACUUCAAAAUGCUGCUUCUGCACUAGAGUGGUGCUUGAAGGUCCUGUCAUACUGCUCCAGUGCUCCUUCGCUUGAGGAGGUUGAGAGCUUGAUAGAGAAUGUAGAAUAUCUGCCAGCCCUAUUUUCCUCCAGCAUUCUGGGAAGUUCAUUGCUCAAUGGAGCAAGGUGGCUGGAGAAAGCAUUGAGGGUGGUUCCAGAGCCAUAUAGACAGAAAAGAUGCAAAUUAAAUGAUGUCAAAAAAGUUUUGGAUGAAGCUCAGAGGAUUAAAAUUCCCUUUCCUGUGAUGGUUGGCCGACUUGUAAAUGCUAUUGAGAAACACAAGUCCUGGCAGGAGCAAGUGCUUGCAUUUUGUGAUUCCAAGUCUGGUGAACAGUCUUGGUCUGCACUGUUGCAACUUAAGGAACUUGGGGAGUUUGACGCCUUUCACUGUAUGGAGCUAGACCUGGUUACAUCUGAAACUGAAAAAGUUGAGAAGUGGAUUCUACGUUGCAAGGAUGUUGUUGGGUCUUGUCUUGGUGAUGUAAAUCCAUUACAAAGUGCUUUACUGAAGAUAAAACAUUCUUUAGAUAGAUCACUUUACUUUUAUGAGAAUUCAAAGGGCUGCAGCAUGGAAAAAUUAUGUGUGUGCUGCUGCACUGAUUCUGAAGAACAAGAAUUGUUGGCCUGUUUAAUGUGCAAAGACUGGUACCAUCCAUCAUGUCUGCGAUCCAAACUUGCUAAUACAAGUAGUGCAAAAGAAUCCAUAUGUCCUCAUUGCAUUCUUAUGGAGAAUGCUGUUACUUCUAAGAAUGGAGGCCGACCUUUGAUAUCUGGCGGAAAACGUGUUGAACUUAAAAUUCUCAUUGAACUACUUUCUGAUGCCAAGGAUUUUUUUGUAAGGGUUGAAGAAAGAGAUACGAUAGAAAAACUUGUAGAACAAGCUCUUGCAUGCGAAGCAUGCUUGACAGAAGUUGUGGAUUUUGCACUUUCUUAUCUUGAUAAAGAUCUUACGACCAUCUCUGAAAGACUUUUGGUUGCUGUGAAGGCAUUUUCAGUUUCUGGGGUAUAUGAUCAUCAUAGUAGCUGCAACCUUGAGUCGGCAUUAGCAAGAAACUCAUGGAAAAUCAGAGUUAAGAGACUGUUGGAGGGUUCACAGAAGCCAGUGAUCCAACAAAUUCAGCGUCUGCUGAAAGAGGGAUUGGCAAUAAACAUACUGUCUGAAGAUCACUUCAUUCAAAGACUUAGAGAAGUAAAGCACAUUGGCAUGCAGUGGGCAGAUCAUGCCAGGAAGGUUGCUUCAGAUUCAGGGGCUGUUGGGUUGGAUGAAGUAUUUAAGCUUAUUACUGAUGGUGAAAAUUUACCCAUCCAUUUCGAAAAGGAGCUAAAGUUAUUAAGAGCUCGAAGCUUGCUUUAUUGCAUUUGUCGAAAGCCCUAUGAUCAGAGAGCCAUGAUUGCUUGUGAUCAAUGUGAUGAGUGGUAUCACUUUGAUUGCAUUAAUCUGCAUAAGCCACCACCGAAAACCUAUAUCUGCCCUGCUUGUGAGCCGCUGACUGAAGAGUUAUUGCCCAACCAAAACGAGAGAUCCAGCAGCACCAAUGACGCAGAACCCUGGACACCACCACCCCAGCACUCUGAAUCGAAGAAGAGACCCAAUAAAGUGACAUCCACUAUGCAACAGAAAAUGCUGGUUGUUACAGAUCUUAGUAACAUCUUAAGACGUUCUAGUGAGAUUGAUCAUUUGUGGUGGAGAAACAGGAAGCCUUUGAGGAGAACAGCUAGAAAACGUGCUGUGAUUGAAAGACUUUCCCCAUUCUUACAUAAUAGUCAAUAGCAAAGCUAAUCAUAAUUAACCGUUUUAAUCAUUGAAUUUAUUCAAUUAAUUCAUAUGUUUCACCCCAAUAUUUGUUGCCAACCCAAUAAGCAAUAAUGAGUGAAAUUUUCAUCUUCUUUUUCAGGAGUUGGUCCUAUUUGCUUACUUCCAAUUUUUUACCUUUGAACAGCUGGCUUCCCCUCCUUUUCUUGUUAUUUUUUUGGUCUGUUAUCACAGUAAAGGUUGCUUUUGCUGCUUCUAAGGCCACUCAA